CGGGUCGGUCUGGGCGGCGCCGGGGCGUGCGGCGCGGGGACUAGGCCCGCGGAGCCGGGGCCAUUGUCUGCCAGGCCCCGGGACGGGUCACGGGCGGUGCCGGUGCCCGCCCGGCUUUGUGCGCGGCGCGGCCCGGCCCGGGCGGGGCUCGCUCGCACCUGGCGAGGCCGCGGGGGGAGCGGCGUCCAUGCGGCCGGCCCCAACCUCGGCCCCGCGGGAGCAGCCGGGCCCGCCAGUACCGAAACGACCCGGGAACCCCAAAAAGGGUAAACGUCGCGUCUCUUCCUAUACGGGAUGAAGUUUCCAGCCCCGUCUGGACACGGAACGGCUGAGGGAACUGAGGUUUAGCCUGGUGACGAGAAGGCUGAGGGGAGACCUUAUUGCUCUCUACAACUGCCUGAAAGGAAGUUUCAGAAAGAUUCAAUCAUCAUCAUUAAGUUUGAGCAGCAAGAGUUUAACCCCAAAUGAAGCCACCUGCAUGCAGUGGAACAGAUGUUUCUAAUAUAAUGCUGCUUGAGAUCAUAUGGAACGGGAAUUUCUGUGCUGUGGGCUUCAUUGUGUUUAAGAGUGCAGCUUAAACCUAGAUGGUGGAGGAAGAUACAUGCUUGAUAAAGUGUCAAAUAAAUGAUGAAGACUGAUUUCUCCAGAAUGGUGGUGGUGAAAAUAGAAGACAGGGAAGGGUCCAAGGACUGCUAAACCAAAAAAUGACUUGGCACUAGCAGUAUUCAGUUAGGGUGAAGACUAUUCCUGUCAACAAGGACCAAUGUACAGUAUUGAUGGUGUUGCUUCCUCCUUUUACCCUCUUGUGCCCAAAUGGAGCAGUUGGGGUUUGCAGAGAUUGCAGAGACUACCUUGCUGUGAUUUCUUCUGGUUAUGACAGCCCACUGUGGCACUCUUCAGAUCAAUGGCGUUCUCCUGACAUUUCUUGUCAACCACCAUACGCUUUCAGUAAUCCCAUUUUGAAUGGAAAAUCCUGUAAAACGUUUCUGCAGGCUUCUUACUGCAGCAAAUCACUGACUGUUUACAGCCGCUCUGGAGCUAAUAGUCUGGAGUAGUACGUUUGAGUAGAUAAUUGUUCUCUAGUUCCAUUUGUUUUCUUUGAAGAUUUUUGUUGCAAGGUGACUCUUAAUUCUCUUUGUUUUGCUGCUUGUCUGUAUCUAAUUGAGGAGAUUUCAAAGGCAUAAAUCAUGUUAAUUUUGAGCUGACUGCCUGUAGCCUUUUGUAAACAUUUUCCUUCGUGAAUAUCCUGUUUGUUUAGCAGUAGUCCUUAACUUCAAGUAGCUUAUGUCCAAGGGAAAAUAAGCUAUAGUGGUCAUAACCAAAUUCAUACUUUGUUCUAGUUUACUAUAAAAUUUUGAAACAGGAUGGAGCAUUUUGUUUGGUUUUAAAACAGAUUGACUCUUACAUAAGGCUGGCAUGGGAGAGGGAGAUAAAAAACAUUUAUCUUUCUAACUAACCCUGAGCAUUUUGGGAACUGUGUUCUGAAGAAGAUUUGGGUUGAACCCUCGAGGGUGUUUGAAGGGAGGGAGCCUGACCUAAUUUUACAGUAUGAUGUAGUAGUAUGCAAAGCAAUAGAGAUCAUGCUUAGAUGUUUGAAGGAAAAUGGAAAAAAAAAAACCAAAACAUGCAAAAACUUCUAAGGGGCAUCCAAUUGGGGAUUUCCCAGAAAGUGAUCUGGCAGCCCUAACCAGUCUCCUCAAAGCAUUUCAUCUAUUCUACAUUCCUAGAAGGCAGCAACAGGCCCUGAAAAACACAUACUAUGUAGCCAGAGACCUGUAACAGCCCUAUAGUGGACAAGGUAUAAUUAAUAUUUUCUUGUCUUUAAACUCAGUCAUAAGACCACUAAAGCAGUGUAACUAGCUAUGGUAUAUAAGCAUUUCAUGACAGUGCUAUUAGCGUAACUCUGCUAAGAUUAUGAAAGCAUUUUAUAUCACAGCUAAGCAUGACUAUAGAAAUAAUAUAUAGCUGCAAUGUUAAACCUAUGUUUAAUUGCACAAAUAAGGGACAGAAGAACAUGUAAGUCAAUAAUUCAAAUGGUAAAAUCUGCAAGCAAAACUAAACAUACAGAAUAAACAGGAAAGAUAUCUGGUGGAAUAACAACAGUUUCUGGUCCUCAAGAAAAGGAUGUAGAUGAAGUCCGACGCAAAUGAGAUUGCUUCCCGCACUUUUUUUUGGUGGAGAUUAUGAGAAUUAGAAACACCCAGCAACUGCAAGCAUAAAUAGGGAAGAAAAAAAGUCUACCACUAUGGUUCCUGCUUCAGAGUCUGAAUGGCUCUCACCUGUUUACCUCAACUUCAGCCUCCAAGACCAUCAGGACUAUAGCCAUCAGUAUUUAACUAUGUAACAUCAGCUCAGUGGUUUUGUAUACUCAAAGCUAACCAUUGGCAAUGUGUAUUGUUAAUGUAUAUCAGUCUAAUUAAGCUUUGUCAUUAAGUUUGCAACUCUUCUCAUUUAUCAGGUUUCCAAAUCUUCCCAUCACAGCUACCAUAUGCUUAUCUGUGUUAAGCAGUAACUGUUUAUCAGACAGGGAUGAGGAAGCAUCUUCGUAGAUUUUUCUGUUCAAAGACUCAAACUAUUUUUUGUGUAGUUAAGAAAUUACAGGAAUUGCAGGCUAGAGAUGUGAUUACCUGUUCUGAGGCAAAGCAGUUGUGCACAAUUUCAUCAGAACCCAUUACCAAUGGAGUCAUAUGUGUAUUUUGUGCCAUCUAGCUAGGAAUCUGUAACGUACUUACUGUAACUUAGUACUUACAUGCAUAAUUUAUGUUUUGUAAGCUCUGCAAGGAGUCAAUAGCUUGUGAGCCUUUCUAUUCUGUGAUCCUAAGUUACAACAGCUUAUUAUAUAUUGCUUUUCUUGUUUCCAGGAAAGCUCCAAAUUCACAGCUAAGAUCAAAAUAAAGAUGGGAGAAAAUUGUCUUAGAUUGAUUUCUAUUACAAACACUAACUAUCUUAUGCUCUCUCUUGUCCCGGACAUGCAUGCUUCCAUAUCAUCGAUGUUGCAAAAGAAUCACAGUUGCCCAAUCAAGAUGAGUCGAAUGGCUUCCUUCAACAAGAAAGUAGAACAUUCAUUUUUUAGGAUUAUGCCUAUGAGAGGAAGCAUUUGACAGUAGCCGUCUUUAAGAACAUUCAUCUGUGACCUGAAAUGUCCUGAUCCUGGGAAAAAAAGAGACUCCAUUAAUGAAGUCUACAAUUUUAAAAUGCAUUUUUUUGACUAAUCAUAUUUGACUAAUCAUAUUUGCACAACAUGGAUACAGAAUUCAUAAACCAGAGUUUAUUUUAACACAUACACACAUUUGUGUUUGUGCGUUCAGUAUACAAGAUACAUCAAUUUAAUCAAAUUUUAAAUAUUUUUUUAAAUUAUCUAUGUUUAUUAAUAAAUGAAGACUUGGCAAGAAGAAUUUGUCAUCCAUGGACAACAGUAAAGCAGAUUCCCCCAGAACGGACAGUAAUUUUGUGUUGGGUAAAAUCAAUAACUUAAAAGUAGAACAAGAGGAAGACAACAUUAACUGUACUCUAGAAAGAAUGGAUAUAAAGACAGAACAUGAUGAUUUCAAACAUGCAGACAGCAGCGAUGAACAGGAAGACAAAGAAAAGAACUUUAUUACCAACAACCCUGGCAAAUAUUUGUCUACAGAAAAUGAAGAUGAUUAUGGAUCUCUUUUUUCUCAGUAUGGUAGUACGCUGUAUGAUGUAGCAAUGGAAGCUGUGACACAAAGCCUUCUAUCUAGCAGAAACAUAAGCUCCAGAAAAAAGUCACCUGCCUGGAACCAUUUUUUUAUAUCUCCUAGAGAUAGCACUAAAGCAAUAUGUAUGUACUGUAUGAAAGAAUUUAGCAGGGGUAAAAAUGAAAAGGACCUGAGUACAAGUUGUCUCAUGAGACAUGUAAGGAGGGCCCAUCCCACUGUACUAAUUCAAGAAAAUGGAAGUAUGCCAGGUAUAUCCUCCUUUUCGUCACCUACAUUGUUACUUGCACCUCAGUCUGCAGAUGUCGGAGAUCUGAGUUCUAUGUUAUCCCCCAUAAAAUUGGUCAAGAAAAUGGCUUCUAAAAUACCAUCUCCAGAUCGAAUAAUUGAGGAAUCUGUUCCUGUUGUUUCUUCUGAAGAAAUAUCGGAUGUCUCAGUUUCUGAAAAGUGCAGCAAAGAAGAAGUCACGGUUGGGUCGUCUCCACAGCUACCCAACAACCAGUAUGAUGACACUGUGGAGAAUGUAGCAGAAAAAACUGUUGUAAUUCCAAAGAGCACAUCAGGUUCCAGAAGGAGAUCUGCUGUCUGGAAACACUUUUAUUUGUCUCCUCUAGAUAAUUCUAAAGCUGUUUGCAUCCACUGCAUGAAUGAAUUCAGUCGAGGAAAAAAUGGAAAAGACCUGGGAACGAGUUGUUUGAUAAGACACAUGUGGAGAGCCCAUCGUUCCAUUGUCCUGCAAGAGAAUGGGGGUGGUACUACCAUACCACCUGUCUACACCACACCUCCAACACUGUUGCCUUCUUUGCUACCCUCAGAUAGUGAUCUGAAUUCUGUGUCAUCCUCUCCUGGAAAACUAGUGAAAGAAUCAACUUCUGUCUCCUCUUCGCCAGACAGAGCAUCUGAGGAAAUGCAUACCAAUCUUCCUUCUGGAGAUGCUCUAGUGGAAGACGCAGUGCUGUCAUCUUCUGAUGAUAUAGGUGAAGUCUCCUUUGUUUCAUCUCCUGAGAAACAGUGUGAGGGAUUAGGCCCGCUAAUAUUUGAACCCACUGCUGUAUUUCAGCAAAAUAAAAGGAUUAUGAAAAGGCUUAAAUCAGAAGUAUGGCACCACUUUUCACUGUCGCCUGCAGACAGUCUAAAAGCAGUAUGUAGAUACUGCAGUUGUAUGAUAAGUCGUGGUAAGAAAGGAGAUGUGGGCACAAGCUGCUUGAUGAGACAUCUGUAUAGACGCCAUCCUGAUGUAAUAGGAAAUCAAAAGAGCUUUCUUGAUGCGAGUUUGGCAAAUUCUCCUUAUGCUACUUUGGCUUCUGCAGAAUGUUCAUCCUCAAAGCUGACGGACUUGCCUACAAUGGUUUCACAUGAUAAUCAGAUUAUAUUUCCUGUUAAUAGUAAGAAGACCUCAAAACUGUGGAAUCACUUUUCAAUUUGUUCUGCAGAUUCAACAAAAGUAGUAUGUAUGCACUGUGGACGUACAAUAAGUAGGGGGAAGAAGCCAACAAAUCUAGGCACAAGUUGCCUUCUAAGACAUUUGCAGCGGUUUCAUCAUAAUGUAUUGAAAACUGAUGUCUCAGAGAAAGUAUUAUCCUCAUCUACGGAUAAUCAUAUGCCGCUGAACACAGAAUUACUAGGAUCUUCAAAUUUUGAUGAAACCAAUGACAAGUUUUGUGACUCUCACCCAGUUGCCAAAAAAAUCACAAGUCUUGUAGCUGAAAUGAUUGCGCUUGACCUUCAGCCAUAUUCUUUUGUAGACAACAUUGGCUUUAACAGGCUGCUUGAAUACUUGCAACCUCAAUAUUCUUUACCUUCUCCAUCUUACUUUUCUAGGACAGCAAUCCCAGAUAUGUAUGAUAAUGUUAAACAAAUAAUUAUUUCACAUCUUAAAGAAGCUGAAAGCGGAGUGAUCCAUUUUACAUCUGGAAUAUGGAUGAGCAACCAAACACGAGAAUAUCUAACUCUGACAGCUCAUUGGGUAACAUUUGAGUCUUCAUUUCGACCACAGUGUGAGGAUUACCAUUGUUCAGCACUAUUAAAUGUAUCACAAAUUGAUUGUGACUACAAUGGAAUCAGUAUCCAAAAGCAGUUGGAGUACUGGUGGGAAACGUGGAUUACUUCUAUUGGCCUUCAGAUUGGCAUUACUGUCACUGAUAAUCAGAGUAUAGAGAAAACUUUAAAUGAAGGUGAUCAUUCAAGUGUACAAUGUUUUAGUCACACUGUUAAUGUCAUUGUAAAUGAAGCUAUUAAAAGUCAGAGAAUGGUUCAGAAUUUGCUUAGUAUUGCAAGAAAGAUCUGUGAACGCAUACAUCGGUCAGCAAAAGCAAAAGAGAAGUUGGCCGAGUUGCAAAAAGAGUAUGAGUUACCUCAGCAUCAGCUAAUACAGGAUGUUCCAUCAAAGUGGAAUACAUCAUUUCAUAUGCUCGAACGUCUUAUCGAACAGAAAAGAGCAAUUGAUGAAAUGUCAAUAGAGUGCAGCUUUUGGGAACUAAUAAGUUGUGAUCAGUGGGAAGUCAUGCAGUCGGUGUGUCACGCUCUCAAACCUUUUGAAGCUGCAAGCAGGGAGAUGAGUACGCACAUGUCUACUCUAAGCCAAGUGAUUCCAAUGAUUCAUAUACUUAACAGGAAAAUAGAAAUGCUGUUUGAGGAAACAAUGGGCAUAGACACUAUGCUGAAAUCUUUGAAAGAAGCUAUGGUGAGUAGAUUGUCCUCCACACUUCAUGAUCCAAGGUACAUUUUUGCUACACUUCUGGAUCCCCGGUAUAAAACAUCUUUAUUUACAGAAGAGGAGGCUGAACAAUAUAAACAAGACUUAAUCAGGGAGCUGGAAAUAAUGAGUUCUACCUCAGAUGAUGAUAAACCUGUUUCCAAUGGAUGUGAUAUAGGUUCACCAUCUACAAAUUCAUAUGGGGAAGAUAAUCUUUGGUCACUCAUGGGUGACAUGAAAACAAAAGACCUGAAAGAGAGAGCAAAGUUACCAGAGGAAAUGGUGCUUUCUUACUUGGAGGAAGAAGUGCUUGAGCACAACUGUGAUCCUCUAACUUACUGGAACUUUAAGAAGUCAUCUUGGCCAGUACUGUCAAAAUUGGCUGUCAGGUUCUUGGGUUGUCCACCUAGCAUUGUUCCUUCAGAAAGGUUGUUCAAUACAUCCAAUGAAAGCAACAACUUCAGUCAGUCAAGGUUGAUGAUUGAACACUUUGAAAAGCUCAUCUUUUUGAAAGUGAAUCUUCCUUUAAUAUACUUCCAGUAUUGAAACUAAUGAACAAACUGCUAGACUAAAUCUAUUGUUGCUCACUGGAUAUUAACUGUCUAUAACUCCAACUUUUAAAUUGCUCCAGUAGGGGCCAUGUAUGACAUCUAAUCAGUGACUAUAAUUCCAAAUUUUAGUUUCAUUUUUUCAGCUUUCAAUAUGUCUACAUGUGCCUUAUUCAUAGUACUUCAGGCCAGAUACUGUAUAUAUGUUUUUUAAAAGUUCACACUAGAGAUAGCCUGUCUUGUCAAAUUAUACAAAAUUAUGUAGGUUUUAAUCCAUAAUUGUAAAUGAACUUUAAAAAAAGCUCAGUCUUUUGUUUUAAUAGAAUGGCAAAAAAAGGAUGUGAACAGUUCUGUUCUGUAGUUUUUUUAUUCAAUUAUGUAAAAAACAAACCAGGUACUGUAUUUUAGUUGAACAUUGCUUUAAUUGCAAGAAAACAGCUUUUGUAGUUGUCAAAAGAAAGCUGUACGUGAAAGAUGGGGUUCAAACCAUCUUUUAAUCAUUUACCUGCAAGCCCUAAAGUACUUAAAGGAUUAGGAAGAGUUACUGAGGAAGAUGUGUUUACAGGAGACAAUUGGCUUAGUAUCUCAAAAUAAAUCUUUCAUUUGAGAUGAUACAGAAUGUCAGUUAUAUGCCAGUCGGUAGUAAAUUUUCCCAUUCUGGGUUCUCCUGUUUAGGUUUCUACAUUUUAAAGAAAUAUUCUGGGUAUUUAUAAAAGCUCUUUGGAAGUUUUAUCAAAGUUUGUGAAUUAAUGCUUGUUAUUUAAUGCCAUGUACAAAAAAGGCAAGAAACUUACCGUGAAGACUCUAAUGUCAUUCUAAAGUCUUUUCUGAUCUUUAGUACAUCUGAACUAUAAGGUUCCCUAUUGUAAAAAUUGAGCCCUUAUUCCUAACGUAAUUUCAGUUGUGUAGAACAGCCUGUCUUAAAGCUCCUAGUACAGAAAUAACUGAUCUUCUGAUAUUCAGUAAUAGCUUUAUGGAUAUGGUGCACUGCUUAGAAUUUUAUGUAGUAGGGUUGAUUCUUAACUGUUGGUGUCCAUCAGGCAAAUGGGAUAUAGAGCCCUCAAAACUUCAAAUAAGAUGGAAAAAAAUAGCCAGCAUUUUAAUUGAAAAGGAACAUUCUCUGUGGUUUUGGUUUGGUUUAUUUUUUUUUUUUUUAAACUCUACAAAGAUUAAUCUUCUCAUUUCAGUUUUCAUUGAAUACUUUUUUGGAAAGAAGACAUCAUUUGCCUAUGACCUUUUAGAAAAGUUGUAGCUUUGUUAAAAUACUGUACCAACGCCUAAUCUAAUUUUGCAUUUACUAUGUUUUAGUGUACUUAUAAAUGGUGAACUCAGUUUCUGAAAUUAAACAUUUUCUUUGCAAUUUUCUA